AUCAUACCGAAGGUCCCACCUCCAUGCUGCCUCCGUGCUCCUCACAGGUGCCACAGUCGCCAGCGCCAUACCGCUGAUCAAUGGAGAUGCACGGAGCUGAGAGGCGCAUAAUAUUCUACCUCCAUGGUAAUAUCAACCUCCGAGUUUGGUGAUAUGUUGUUUCAGCUUUCAAUGAAACUCGCUCUGUUAACUCCCACUUUACAAUUAUUCGCUUCAUAAAAAAGGGGCUCACAGUCACAAUUGAUAUUGCCUUCAAGCGUCGUCAUUGUUUGCGGCGAGGCUGGUCAGGAACCUACUAUUUGCAGUGCACGCAGGCUUAAUAUUCCUGCCAGACAUCAUUUACUGCGCGAACGGCGAGGUCACAGCGUAACACGACCUCUCGGUCUUCACGCACUGGUCUGACGCCAAAUUAAAUUCUAACACAAACCAGGGGCAACACAGACUGAUAAUACUCUCGGCUUUCCCACCAAGCUCACCAGUCACUGUGUACAGUAAUACAUAGACGCCUGACAAUGUCCAAAGCGAAGAUUACCGAAUUCCGCACGGAGCCGUUUGAGUGCAACACUGCACUAGUGUGCCGAGGUUUAGCCAGUAGCCUGAAGGACCAGGCGUUACGGAGCAACUUCGAUGAAGAAGUUGACUUGGAUCUAGCUAAGAGUCAGCAUAAUGAGUACCUUACUGCCCUCCGUAAGAUCAACAACCUCGCUCUUAGCGAGAUUGAACCCCGGGAGGACCUACCGGACAGCGUGUUCGUGGAGGACUGCGCCGUGGCUGUCGGCGGCGUUGCGUUGAUCACGAGGCCCUGUGCACCGUCUCGCCAGAACGAAGUAGAUGAGAUCAGACGGAUCCUGCGUGAUGACCUGAGGCAGCAGAUCUACGAGAUUGAGGACCCCAACGCCACGCUGGAUGGAGGCGAUGUGCUGUUCACAGGCGAGGAGUUCUUUGUUGGUAUCUCCAAGCGGACGAACAGCCAAGGAGCCAACGCCCUGGCCAAAGCCUUCCCCAACUAUCCGGUAUCCUCCAUCAAGGUGGCCGACCACUUGCACCUGAAGAGCAUGAUGAGUAUGGCUGCGCCAGGGAUCCUGGCAGUUGGGAGCAGCCCAGCUGCACAGUCUGCAUUGAAGCAAAUUUUAGAAAAGAGCGACUAUGAUUACUGCACGCUGACCCUUCCUGAUGACGCAGCUGCCAACUGUGUCUACGUCAGGGGAUAUCUCCUCCACUGCACAAAGCAAGAAUAUCCUAAUAGUUACAAGAUCUUUGAAGAGAGGUUCCCUAACGACGUGCGGAUACCCAUCCCUAACAGCGAGCUGCACAAAGUGGAUGGUGCCCUGACAUGUCGAUGCAUCCUAGUGCAGAAACCUCUCUAGGUACCAGCCUCUCCUCUCAAUGACUUGCAGCCACAACCAAAGACCAGGGGAAAACUGCAAGAAACAUAAAAACAAACAAUAUUCACAACACUGAGAAAGUCUUGGUUGUUAAUUGUAUUCCUUAGCUUUGUAAUGUUUCAGUCUCCAUCUUAUGAUAAUUGGAAAGAAGCAUUUUUAGCUCACUGUAAAAUGCACUCAGAGGUUUUAAUUAAUGUUGCUGGUACGUACUUGUAUUGAUAUUACAAGAAAAAAAGUGAGUUUUAAAAAAGACUAGGGCACUGUUUUCUGUUGCCAAUGUGCUGUGUCUUUGGGUGAUCCUUACCUAAGGCAGCCAUGUUGGUCUGGUUUCCAUGACAGGGCAUUGCCUUUUUCUGUCACCGUGGAAAUGUUACCAGCCUUGUCAUAUCCUGCCACACUUUUGGACGCUUGUGAUAGGCUUAUGUAACAACACAGGGGUGUUUAAUAAGAUUUCAGUUCAAUUAUUCACUGCUUGUAUUAACUUUCAGAGCCUUUCUCUAGCAAGUGCACUUGGCCAGUCAGUUCAUCGUCAAACAGUGAGACACAGUGUGAUUUAUGUGUUAGUUCACACAGUUAGUGGUAUAAAGUGGCUGAUCAUUUGAAGUAGCUUGCUGAUUGAAAUAAAGGAAUGAUGAAAGGGAGAAAGCUGAUGAGAUGGUUAGAUCACGUACCAACCAAUACAAUUUUGAUUUUGAGGAAAAGCGUACUCAACAAUUAUUCCCUCGUAAACUGCUUUCAAAACCAGGGCCCACUUCUGCUAAGCACUUGAUUUUACACUGACAGAGGCUCUGUGCCUCUGUCACAGACUGUAAGCGGUAAACGUGGUAAAAAAGCAUGCUUACUUUGGAGAAAAAUUGUCUCAGAAUAGUGACGAAACAUUGGAAAUCUCUAUGCGCACAACCAGGUACAACCACACCAAGCUCCACCUUGACAUAUUGCUUACUGUUUAAACAUUUUCUGCUUUAGUGAGCACAAAUCUUCUGCUAACUGUCAAGCAGUGUGCCAUGAAAUUGAGCCCACGUCUUCAUUUUGAAGAUAUGGAACUGAUACAUGGAGAUGUUACAUUCCGGUGACUAAGAAAUUGUAAAAAAAAAAAAUCCCUUUAGACAUGUGACAUGGUCUGUCAUCAAGUUCUUUCCCAAUCUACCAACCAUUCAUAAAAUCUAGCAUUAAAAAAAAAAUCAAGCCUGAAAACAAGACUACGUAUUCAUGGUAGAGCACUCUGGCUUUUAAAUGUGGGUGAUGAUUUGAAGAACAAGUUUACUGCUGAAAAUGUUCAAAGUAUUGCAAGUAACAUGCAGUCCUAGUGCAAGUUACAUGUAGUUGUACGUUUCUUGCACACUUGUGGGAAGCCAUUUCUCCAAACGUUUCUUUCCCUACUAAUUCAAAAGCAGUCUAUCAACUACUUGGGCUGUGCUUGGGAAAGACCUCUGAGGAACCAACUAGGUACAGCGUACCUGUCACAGCAUUUUUAUUGUCCACAUGGUCUUUGUGCAUUGCCUUGACUCCAUUGAUACUCGUGGAUAUAAUUUAAGUGAGCUUGCUUUGGAGAACUUGAACUCAGCGCUGGUAAUGCAGGCUUUUCACUCAUUUGGAACUGAGGUUACAAGUAUGGUAUAAGUACGUGGUGUAUAGAAUAUCAGCUUGGUGAUAUUGCCACAUUGAGGAAUGGGUAUACGUAUAUGCUUUUUAUUAAGUCUAAUCCCCACUGUGUAUGUAAAAUCAUACUGAAAUGGUGGGAUUGAAGGCUGUUGGAGUUAAAGUGUAUUUCAAACCAUUUCUUUGGCCACGGGUUACAUACUGGACAGUACUGAGUACUGUAAAUCUUAUUGGUUUUUUUUUUAUUUCUUGCCAAAGUUUGUGACGAGCCAUUUCCUGAAAUGAGUUGUUACUCAACACUCAUGUAAUCAAAGAAUGAUUCAGUGUAUCAUUGAAAUGUUUUAAAAGCAGUCCUGUGUACUCGAUGUUGCAGUUAUUCAGCAUUCAUAACAUUUCAAUAUUUUUGGUUGUAAUCUGUGUGUGUGAGGCAGUCACACGUAUAUAACCCUCAUACUUGCUGAAUUUUCAGUGACUCUGCCCAGUCACUCUUAUCUUGAAGUGUAAAGCAGUGGCGUAAAUCUGUGCCAGAAAGGGGGGGGGUGGGGGAUGGAAGAUGGGGAAGUUUGAGGGGUGGGAUGACUUGCCUGACCAUGGAGCUUUGAAAGGGGGAGUGCUGACACUAUAAGACAGGGGGGUGGUGGGAGGGGUAGUGUACAUGUAAUAUGUGAUACAUUCCUGCAGAUUCUUACACCAGAGUGGCGUAGUGAUGGCUUUUUAUAUUGUCCUUUUUUGAGUGCAAUUGAAUACAGUUUGCUUGUUGGGAAGUCCGAAAAAUGCUUCACAAUCAGCCUUUAUUUUUCUCUCUUCGCGAAAAAUUGGGGGGAUGAUUCUGUAGCCUGUCUCCCCCUUCCCGGUCAAAAAGUGAAGAGGAUAACCCCCCCCUCCAAUUUAUGCCCAUUGUAUAAAGGUGUAGAAAUCAAUGGGAUUAUAUCUUGACAGCAUUAAAGAAUUGCUGAGGGAAAAAUUAAUCUAAAAGUGGCAACUUGGUAUCUUUUGCAUUUGUUCUGAUUGCGUUGAUUGCCCAGUGAAUUGUAUGUAUUCAGAUUUUUAUCCAAAUUUUAUUCCAAUUUCAAUCACUGUCUAAUGUGAGAGAAUUUUUCAAAUGCACAAACCAAUGUAUUUUUUAUAUGGCACACCCUGCAUUACACAAUGUUUUGUGUAGUAUUUAGUGUUUGGGGAUGUUUUUGUUUCUAAAAUAUAUCUUUGCAGGAGCAUGCAAGUUUUUUAUUUUUAAACAGCUAGUGAAAACGGAUUUUAAACCUAAAUGGUUAAAGAGCUUUUACAUGGGGUUUUAAUGUUGACAAAAAUAAGUAACUGAUUUGUUUUUAUUGCAUUCCGAGCAAUAAUAUGGCUUAUGUGAAACAUUUGUGUUGAGAAAGCUUGCUGCGUGGUGUCCAGGUUGUAUGGCUUCUGACUUAGAUCGCCUGAACAAAGAUAUUGACAAAUGGGAAGAGAAACCAACUGGUGCUGGUGCUGUUGGCAUAGCACUGGUACGGUGGUCUAGAGGUGGCAGGUUCAAAUCCCGUCCCAGUCUUUUUUUUUUUUUAUUCACUUUCUCAAACAUUUGCAAGAGUCGAAAACAUGUUCGGAAAGGUUUUGUUGUCGUUUAUGUUCCUAAAAAAGAGGAUUUUUUUUCUGUCACACGAAAAGUAUGAGUAGCAACUAUCAAUUGGGAUAUACCUGUCCCUUAGACUUCCAGAUUAUAUGGAAAAACUAUCACAUGGUUAAUGACCAAUUAAUGACUCAUUAAUGAAUAAAACGGAAGUUGAUGUAUGUAAAUGUAACUGGCAGUGUUAACAUUAAUACAACUCUAUGUAACUGACAGUGUUAACAUUAAUACAACUCUUCUCUAUCGAGGUUCCUUACUUGGAGGUAAAUGUUGAAGCAGUUCAGAGGAGGUAAUGGCAAAGUGUUGAAGGGAAGGUCAUAUCUGUGUAGACAGCAAUCUCUUGGUGCGGUAGUCUUGCCUUGCUUUUGUGAAAUGUUCAAAUUGUUAAGCGUGUACUUACUCCCGAAGCUUGAGCUGGCAUAGAUUUGGCCAAAGUCAGAGUUGGAGUUUAGCGGCUAGGGCUUGUCCAAAAUCCCAACUAUGGAUUUAUCACAGUAGUGCAGGCAACAAGCCGUAACCAGAGACACCAAGCGUGCGUUCUCAGUUUUCUUUCUUGUGUGGAACUGGAUAGAAUUUGCUAAGCUAGACUGUUUUCUUGACAAGUGUGUAUUGCCUUAAUCUCUUUUUUUUUUUACCCAUUUUCUAGUUUUGCAUACGUUGACUCCAAGCCUUAAAACAGAAUGCAUGCUUUAGAUGAAGACUAAAUUUUAUAGUCUGUAGCUUGUGAAACCUUCAUGCAACCCAGCUAAAUUGUGUUCAAGGGCAAGUCAGAAGGUAAAAGACUGCCUAGUCUCCCUUGCAAACUUGUCUGCAGGACAUGUAACAUGUAACGAUGGCAUCUUUGUUAUAUUGUGCUAGCCUCCAGAGUAUCACAGUACUGAAAACUAGCUUCUUUGUACAUGUAUAACUUCUUACAGAGUGUUACAUGUACAGCCAAGGUUUUUCAACAGCAAACAGAAAAAAGUACAAGUGAGAUAAAAGUGUUUCUGAGAUGACACAAAAAACUGUCUCUUUUUAUUAACUUCCUUUGUAAGUGUAACCAAGUUUUUUUUUUCUAUGUGAAGUAUACUUACUAGAUGGCCCGGCAUGACAGACAAUAUGGCCCCAUUGCAUCAAACUAUUUUUUUGUGCAAUUUGAAAGGUGCUCUGUCGGCCAUGUUGCCAACCAUGUACAUAGAGUCGUCAGAUUAAAACUCUUGAAAACAGUUGUACUGAUACAAAAAAUAAAAUGUAAUUGAAAUUUUGUAAUGAAAACAAACGUCAAAAGAUCACUUCUCAUGUAGAUUUGUACAUGUACAUUUACUGAUAGUUUUGUAGGACACGUUUAGUCUGUACUAGUUAUUCCUUUAGUGAAAAGUAGAACCACAAGUUGGAAAGAAUGCAGUAUAGUUUCCAUUUUUUAAUCAAAAUUUUCUCUUAUCAGCGAAGCAGAGAAGCCAUUUAUGCAAGCAAAAAUAAUAAAAAUAAUGUUUUUCAAUAGUUUGGAAGCUCUUUGCCAGAAUAGAUUAACAUGUCCCAUGAAGUGUUGGGUCAAUUUGUUAUCAACAUACUGCAGUUUUUCCAAGAUUGGACUGAAUUCGCAUUAGUUUCAAUAGCUCUGUUCUAGUUUCUAAGUUCAUGGACGGUGACUUCUAGUGUCACGUUAUUUCUGGUGUUAAUUACUUAGUAUUACAAUAAAGGUUGCUCCAUUUCUAAACUGCACAGCUGAAAGAAACAUUA